AUGGCGGCAGAGAGUACGAUGGAAGCUGGUGCUUCAGUUGACUGGGAUGCGGUCUUCUCGUCGGACACGGAAGAUGAAGCUGCAGGCAAGGCCAAAGCCGAGAAGAAGAUGGGCAUUGCCACGCAGAACAAGCAGAACGGGAAUCUUGACCGCAUUCUGAAUGCCCUCAUGCAAGCGGGAAAGCUUGCCGAGGCAGAAGUCCUUUACAGGAAAGCCCUCUCUGCAAUUUGGGCGCCCUAUCGCCAGAGGAAGGAUGCAGCUGCAGUGGCCCUGGGAGUUGCGGUGGACCUGAAUCUGGCCUUGUGCUAUUUGAAACUCGAGCGCUGGGCGGAGCCUGAGAAUCCCAAGGGCCUCUACCGCCGUGGGCUGGCCUCGGCAAGGCUGGACCUGCUGGAUGCGGCGCACGACGAUCUGUCGAAGGCCUGGCAGCACUCGCCGUCGCCGGACGUUCAGCAGGAGCUGCAGCGCGUCCGCGAGCGCCGGGGCAGCAAAGCCGUGCCCCGGGGGUUCCUCACGGAAGCCGAAGAGCCCAAGGAAGAGGAAGCCGGAGAGCCCAAAGAGGAGCUCCAAGAGGAUCCCAAGAAGGAGGAGUCCCAGGAAGGGCCCCAGGAAGCUUUGGAGGAUGAAUGUGACUGGGCCGUCACCGAACAGGUGGAAGACGCACUUUCCGAGGCCGGGAAGCUGCUUCUGGCCAUCAGCGAGCGGCGCAUCGCCUGCCGAUCUCAGACGGAGGUCAAAACCCUCCUUCGCCAGCUGGAGGGCCUGUCGGAGCUGCUGCCGAAGGCGCAGGCGGCCAUCGCCGCCGCGAUCACGAUCCCAGCGCCGGAGACGCUGGAGCCCAAGGACUGCUGCGAGCUCUUCGAGCGGAUGGCCGAGGGCCUGUUGAGCUUCCGGCCCUUCUUCGCCCUGCAAGAGCGAAAGCCGGGGGAGUUUCAAAACCUGCGGGUCUGCCGUCAGCUGGGCAUCCGACAUUGGCCGUAUGGACUGGUGGGCGAUGAGAAGUCCGAGUUCUAUGCCCGUCAGUUGGAAGAUGCCGGGGAGAAGCAGGUGGAUGCCGAUGCGCACCUAAACAGUAUUGAUCAAAAGGCCACGCAGUUCAUGAAGGGUGAGCCCAACGAACCACGCAAGAUGGUGGACCGCGAGUCUUUCAUAGACAGCCUCACGGAUGCGAUCUCCCGAGAUGGCAAGCUCACCUUGGUCUUGGGUGGCAAAAGAGUGGGCAGGACAUUAGUCGUCUCGCAUGUCGCGGAACACGUCAGGCAAGCGCCAGGUGGAAACAGGACAAUCCUGCUGGUCAAUAUGCGGCAGAUGCCGGCAAAAGAUUUUUACGAGGCCACUCUGUCAGUGGCAAGUAAGCAGACUAAUGUUCUAGACAUCCUCGCGCAGCUGCCGCUCGUUGGAAAACGGUUUCGUGCUGGACCACAGUCCCGAGUCUGGCGGUUCAUCCAGCAACUGCCCUUCAUGGCGACCCUGCUUGGGGCUUUGCGAGCUGGAGUGGCAACAGCGGCUGCACCAUUAGCAAUGGCCGUUCAAAACUUCGUGAAAUCCCUGGACGACGACCGCAAGGCACAGGCUUUGUCCGAGUUGGUUAAGGGCAUCGUAGAGAACGGCAACGACACCACCAUCAUCAUUUUCGAAGCGAACCUGGCGCUCCCCAAUGACGAAGACACUGACGAAGCAAAGACAGCCAAGAGGGCUUUGGCUCAAAUCACCGUCAGCACCAAGGAGGCCUUCCAAGCCUCAGUCGUCCUCAUCAGCUCCGAGCACGGCUACCCCUUCAAAUUGACCAAAGCCGGUCUCAACCUGGUGGACAUCAAGAACAUUAUCAUCGCUCCGGAAGUGCCGCCACGCGACAUGUUCGAGAUGUUCACCGAUGACGCCCGGGAGCACCUCAUCAAUAUCGCACUGGAUGGCUUUUCGCCCGUGUCCAACUUGAAGCAAGAUGAGGGUGCACAGAUGGCAUCAGAAGAGAAUGUCGCAGGCAUCAUCCCCGAAAUGGCAGAAGCGCCGGGUCUGUGGCCCGAGGUUUUCCACGAGACCGAGAAGGAGUACGUGCUGGUGGCCUCCACGCAUCACGUGCGAUUGAAGAUUUGCAGGGUGCGCUUCGUCCAAUCAGCCUGUCAUGUUGUAGGUAGGCAGGGUUUGCGCAAGUUUGUGGCCCUGUGA